AUGGUAUCUGGGGGUCCUAGUUCAUCAGUCUAUGAAAGGAGGGUUGUCCUGGCAACCGAGGGGAGGGGGGGGGCGAGCGAACGUGACCAAAGAUUAUUGAGGAGCUCCUCUAGGAUCUUUGAACGUGACGGCGACGGCGGACGCGCGCCCCGGUGGCGGGUCUCAGAAGCGCGCGCGCGCGCGGGAGAGAGAGAGAGGGAGAGAGAGCGGCGCGCGGCGGCGUCAACUGUCGAGCAGCAGCAGCAGCGACGACAACAACAACAACAGCCCGAGGACCACGUCCAUCGCCCUCGCCUUCCCCCUCGCCUCGCCUCGCCUCACCUCACCGCCAGCCCCCACCUCACCGCCGGCAGAGCGGCCGCCAACAUGGACCUCUCCUUCAUGGCCGCGCAGAUCCCUGUUAUGACAGGUGCCUUCAUGGAUUCGCCUAUCGACGAAUGCAACACCGAGUUCUCCCCCUUUAAUUCCUCGACCAACAUGAAUGAAGCCCCCUCAGCAAACCAGCCCGAGGAACCUGCCCCUCCCUCCAACGAUGCCAUCUGGUUAUGGAUUGCGAUUAUUGCUACCAUCGGCAACAUUGUGGUGGUCGGCGUGGUGUAUGCCUUUACUUUUUAGGUGAAUCCGGCGACCUGAGGCGACUGCCCUCCCGCCGGCCUGCCUCCAGGUUAGAGGAACUCAGUGGCCUUCCAGCUCAUCCCCCUUCUCAGUGUGCAUGCUAUAAUGGUGAUCAUGCCAACUGUGUCUGCUCGCAGUCACUUGACAAUCAACAUGUCUCAGCCUGUAUCCAGGGAGCUGGGUGUUCUCCGUGAGAUGAGCUCUGGUCUGCUGUCUUUCAACGAAGAAACCCUUGUAUAAAGAACAAUAACAUUUGUCUGUUGAAAGACCCUUUCCUGAUGCAAUUCACGAUGCAGUUUUCAUCACUCAAGUAUUCAGUACAUUCCGAUAAGCCAACUAUUUGGUGACAGUGUCGAGCUUCACUUUGAGAAUUGAGACACUGCAACAGGUUAACUUUUGGAAUACUAUAGAUUUUUUUUUUUUAAAUACAAGUCAAUUUUAUCCAAGGAAAAUAAGUUUGAUGGAAAUCAGAUUCAAAUUGCUAAUGGUUUUUAUUGAGGUCGACUUGUCCCGAGUCAUGGACAAUUCUUGGGUGCCUAUGUAUCAUGAGACUAACGGGGUCAAGUUAGCAAUACCAAAAAAAAAAGUUUGUGAGUUGGGGGAUGGCCUCGUAAGUUUUGGGGGGAUUUAAUUUUAAUUCCACCUGAAUGUUUGUAUACGACACAAAUGUUUUUGUGGCGGUAAGAUUGGUGAGAAUUGCAUUGUAUCUGAGGACUCUGGUUCAGUGUUUGAGAGCUGGGCUUGUAUUCAAGCAGAAAACCAGUGGGUUGUGCAGAAGCAGGGGGCACUGGAGGAGCAGUAGAACACAUUUCCACCAUGUCCUCUCGAUUUCCCCUUCAGACCUGUGCUGAAGAUUGGCAGCAUAGCAGUGCCGUUAUUUGCUAAGUUGAAAAGCCAGUGGGAAUAAGUGUGAAGCUGCCAAUAAGUGCGGAAUCACUCUCCCGCUGUAAGUACAAAAAAGACAGUUAAUUCAUCACUUAUAAUGCAAUCCAGCAGGACAAAGCGAGGUAGAAAGAGAUCUUGAGCAAGUGUACAAGUUAGACAACUGUAAAAUCAGCACCUACGCUUACAAUGGUCAGUGAAAUUAUUGGAAAUUAAUAUAUUCUUCUUUGGCAGUCUCUCAGGGUUACAAACAACUUGUUAUCAUUCCAGUUAUAGAGGUUCUGAGGUGCCGGAUGAGAGCAAUGCAGAACCCCCAGACUCUGCAGGAAGGGUGUGAUGGUGGGUUAGUCAGGAGGUGCUGCUUUUGCUUGGCUUCCGUGCGCUCCCAUUCUCGAAACUCAAGGUCCACAGCGCUUUCCUGGACGUCCCUUCUCCAUUUUCAACGAUUUUUCGGGCCCAGGAUUGCCACAGGUCAACAAAGAAUGUUAUAUUUUUCUCAAGGAAGGUUUGUGAAUGUCCUUGAAACAUUUUUAUUGACGUGGAAAUGUCCUGCCAUUGCGGAGUGCCUGGUAGUCAGACAAGUAGCUGACGUGGAUGGCUUGGAUCCUCAAUGCUAGAAAUGUUGGCCAGUGAGAGGAUGCUGAUGUUGGUUCACUUAUUUUACCAACAAGUAUGGAGGAUGUUGCAAAAGUAGUAUUGGUAGCACCUCCCUGGUGCUGUGUGUUAUAGGUAGUCCAUGUCUCAGGCUUGAAAGAGGUCAGGGACCAAUGCUCUCUGGUGGACCAUGUGCUUUGAGGUGCCUGUUAUAGGUAGUCCAUGUCUCAGAGGCGUACAAUAGGGCAGGGAUCAUUGCUGUCUGGUAGACCGUGAGCUUUGAGAUACCUGCUUUUAAUUUAGUUUAGUUUAGAGAUACAGCACUUUGGCCCAUCGAGUCCGUGCCGACCAGCACUAUCCUACACCCACUAGGGACAAUUUACAUUUACACCAAGUCAAUUAACCUACACACCUGUACGUCUUUGGAGUAUGGGAGGAAACUGAAGAUCUUGGAGAAAACCCACGCAGGUCACGGGGAGAACAUACAAAUUCCAUACAGGCAUCAGUUGUAGUCUAAACCACCGGCGGCUGCCAUGUCCACAGUCUCUGUCCUUUUUCUUUUUGUUAUUUUUAGUAUAUGUUAAAAAGUAUGUUUUAGUUUUCCUUGGUUUGUUUUAUGUGGGGGGUGGGGAGUUGGGGGAAACUUUUUUCAAUCUAUUACCUCGAUGGAUAUGCGGGUGAUCGAUGGUUAGUCGAAGUUUCCAUGCUGCAUCAUUCAAAUCAAUCCAAGAUGCAGGCAGCUAAGCUAUUAAUUUAAGACUAUGUAACUACAACAAUACAACUAUGUAGAUACAACAAUAGACAGAGAUUGAGAACAUGGUGUUGAAUUCAUAUGACACCUAUCUUAUAUUAAUCCUUCUGUUAGGAAAAUAAUCGAGACUUCAAAGCUUUGAAAGUGUCAGCCUUAGGCAAUAGAAAGUACUUCAAUGUUGAGUCAGAAAUUAUUGGAAUUCUAGUCCAGGGGUCCGUGGGAAAAUCUGUGAUGAUACCCCAUCAGCCUCUCUCCAUAAGUCCCCUGGCUGUGAGAAAACCGGCUCUUUUUAUUCUCCCUGCCAACAGAAAAUAUUUGUUAAGUUUUGGACACCUUCCUAGAAGAAGUUUGUCAUUAAGCUGGAAACAGUGCAGAGAAGAUUUAUGAGGAUGUUAGGACUUUAUUAUUUGGAGCAUAGGAGUCUGGGGUGAUAUUAUAGAGAUGUAUAAAAUCAUGAGGGGAAUAGCUAGGGUGAUUGCACAAAUGCUUUUACCCAGAGUAACGAUGAAUCAGAGGACAUAACUAUGUUGUGAAGGAAAGAUUUCUAGUUUAGUUUUAGUAUAAAGACACAGCAUGGCCCUUCGGCCCACCAAGUCCACGCCAACCAUCGACUACCCGUUCACACUAGUUCUGUGCUAUCCCACAUUCUCAUUCACUCCCUACACACUAGGGGCAAUUUACAGAGGGCCAAUUAACCUACAAACCUGCACGUCUUUGGGAUGUGGGAGGAAACCAGAUCAUCCAGAGGAAACCCAUGCAGUCACGGGGAAAAUGUACAAACUCCACACAGACAGCACCCGAGGUCAGGAUCAAACCUGGGUCUGGCACUCGGAGGCAGCAGCUCUACCUGCUGUGCCACAGUGCUGCUUAUAAUAGAAACAUGUUUUCACACAGAGGAUGGUAGGUGUACGGAAUGAGCUGCCAGAGAGGUGGUUGAGGCAGGUACUAUAACAACAUUACGUAAACAUUUGGUCAUGUACAUGGAUAAGAAGCGUUUAAAGGGAUCUGGGCCAAACUUGGCAAAUGGGACUAGCUUAGAUGGGGCAACUUGGAUGGCAUGGAAGAGUUGGGCCAAAGGGCCUGUUUACGUGUUGUAUGACCAAAGAUCAUAGAGCGGGGCAAGAUGGUUCACUCUGCGAAAAGGCCGUUGUAGCUGAUGGGUAAUCUUCAGCGCCAUUUCCCUAACCUGCUUCUGUCAUGGCGUCUAGCUAAUUCAGGAAGAUUCUGCUAUAUCAAGCUGAGAGAUUAAAGGAUAGACACAAAAUGCGGCGGGUCGGGCGGUAUUUCAGGUCAAAAGGAAUAGGUGACAUUUCGGGUCGAGACUCGUCUUCAGACUGAGUCAGUGGAAAGAGGAACUCAAACCAUCCCCCCCCCCCCGACACGGACACGGAGCGAUCACCAGCCCCCCUUUUUUUUGUUAAACAUCUAUUUCCUUCGGAUGUUUAUUUUUAAUUUUCCCCCUUACCAUUUCCGUAGUUUUUCGAUAACUGCCAUGACCCGUUUGAUGUCAUCCUUCGCCCAGCUCCUGGUCUGGGCCCGCACCGAUCUGCCGGACAUGCUGUGUGUGUGUGUUUGUUUGGCAGAGUCUGAGGGGAGAAGCGCCGGCACCAAGAGCGAGCGAACGCGCAGACACACGGACGAAAGCAAUGAUCAUAGA